AUGGGGCUGCUUCAGCCAGGGCUGUGGCUGAAGAGGCUCUGGAUACUCGUGCAGGUGGCCCUGCAUGUGACCUUGGGCAAAGUACAGCUGAAACUGUUUCCCGGGAGAGUCAAGCAGCAUAUCUUGGCCAUGAACCGGAAGAACCCGCACUUCUCCUAUGAUAACUGGGCUCCAACUCUCUUCAGCACCCAGUAUUUCUGGUUCGUCCUGAAGGUCCGUUGGCAACGAUUGGAGGACAAGGCUGAGGAAGGGGGUCUAGCGCCAAACUGCCCUGUGGUCCGCCUGUCCGGACAGAGGUGUAACAUCUGGGACUUCAUGCAAGGCAACAGGCCACUGGUGCUGAAUUUUGGAAGUUGUACCUGA